GCUGACCCUCUUCCAGCAGAUUGUCGCUGGGGACAGCUGGGGACUGGUCUCCAUACCACUGAUUAAGGAAUUUCCAGAAAUGGCCAUCAUUCUGUUCAUGAUCAUGAUGACCGUGUCCCUGGGUGUCAUGAACCUCAUCCUAGCCGUGAUUGUUGAGAGAGCUUCAGAGGCAAGAGCAAAUGAUCAGGAGCGGAAGCUCAAGAAGAAGGAACAGGAUCGCGCUAAGAACAUGGUAGAGCUGGCCAAGCUCUGUGCGUCGAUGGACGCCGAUGGCAGUGGUGCACUCUCCCUCGAGGAGAUGUUGGCUGGCUAUGAUGACGACGUCGGCGAGUUCCGAAAGCUCAUGCAGCUGAUGGACAUCCAAAGGGAUGACAUCACCUCCAUCUUCGAG